AUGGCAUUCAUUUUUAAAGCUGUCUUAAAUGGCAAAUCCUAUCCACAAGGUGUGGGGAAGACCAAGCAGGAUGCCAAACUAAAUGCAGCUCAGAAUGCCAUAAAAUGUUUGUACGAGGAUGACAAUCAGGACAAAAGUGAACAUGCAAAAGAAGCUUCUGCAUCAGUGUCUUGUGCAAAUGUCAACUUCAUUGGUUGGCUCAAUCAAUAUAGUCAGAAAAAAGGGGUGACCCCAAAGCCUGUGGAGAGCUUUAGACCUGGAAAACGCGGUGCAGCAUAUUGGUGUAAGUUUGUGGUUGGUGACAAGGAGUACCCAGAGGUCUCAGGAAAAAACAAGAGGGAGGCCAAAGCAGCCAAACUGGUUUAUGACAUACUAUGUAGCAGUAACACCGAAGAGACUGCAGAUGUAUCAAGUCAACAAAAUAUGAAUUUAAGUAAAACUGCUGCAGACAUGUGCACUGACACAAACACCUGGGGUUUUAGCACUGAAGACAGUAGCCGCACGGAGACUAAUUUCAUUGGAAUCAUAAACCACUACUGUCAGAAGAAGCAGUUGAGUUUUACGUACAUUGAAGUGAAAAGAGAAGGUCCUCCUCAUUGCCUCCAAUUUUUCUACAGUUUAAAAAUAGACAAUAAGGAAUACCCCAUUGGUGAGGGUGGGAAUUCGAAGGUGGCCAAACAAAAGGCGGCUCAACUGGCCUGGUCUGCUCUCCAGGAACAGUCAGACUGGGACAGCAAGGUGUCCAUCAGGUCAACAAUGUCUGAAGACAAUGUAACAUCUACAUCUUCAGAGCAAAGUUCAUCAGAGAACUUGAAUAAUCCAUUAGCAAACAACAUGGAAGAGAGAAAAAGUGAAUCCAUCAUAUUUGCUGAUUCAUCUAAUGUCCAGGCACCCCAGGCUGGAGAAAAUACACCAUCUCCCCUAGGGUCUGAAAUGUCGCCAAUGAGCCCGUCAACCAGUACUAGUGACUCUGCAAUGGAGACUGGGUCGUCUCAUCAUUCCAGCAAUAAGAAUGAUGCCAAAAAGGAAAGUCUGGACAAUGCAAGAACUACGCAGUCAAAAUUUACUUCAGAUUUUGACGACAUUGAAAGGCUGGGCAAAGGAGGUUUCGGCCAUGUUUACAAAGCAAGAGAAAAGCUGGUGGACAAGGACUUUGCUGUCAAGAUUGUCCGUGGUACAAAGAAGGCUCUGCGAGAGGUGACUGCCUUAUCAGACCUCCAACACACCAACAUUGUUAGAUACUACAAUUGUUGGAUGGAGGACUCAAAAUACGAAGAUUAUAGCUCCAGCUCCUCUGAGUCUAAAAGUAACUCAUGUCAAAAGUACCUCUACAUUAAGAUGGAAUUAUGCAACUCUGGAACACUUAGAGACUGGAUUAACAAAAAGAAUAAAGAUAGUCUGCAAGAUACUCAGAGAAGAACAGAAAGUCUUCCUGUUGCUCAACAAAUAGUGAAAGGAGUCGAGUACAUCCACUCCUGCCACCGCAUUCACAGGGACCUGAAGCCCCCCAAUAUCAUGUUUGGAAAGGAUGGAGUGGUGAAGAUUGGGGACUUUGGUUUGGUCACUACGGAGAUCGAGGAGGACGAUGAAAACCUGAUGAGUAGAACAAAAAAAACAGGAACCAGGACUUAUAUGCCCCCUGAACAAAUGACUAAUACAUACAACCAUAAAGUGGACAUGUUUGCUUUGGGGCUGAUCUUCUUUGAACUCCUUUGGAAAAUUUCUACUGGCCACGAAAGAGCAGAUAUAUGGAAGGAUGCAAGAAAAAGGACGUUUCCCAAAGAAUUCUCAAGGGCUUUUCCCCAAGAGUUCCUAAUAAUUAAAUCGCUGCUUUGUGAGAAGCCACAAGACCGACUUGAAGCAAGUCGAGUCAAGGAGGAGCUGGACAAGUGUGUAUUAGAUGUUCAAGGAAGCAAAGAACAUGAGAAUCGCACAGUCUGACUCAGGUCUUAAAGAGCAGAAUGAGCACUUGAAGGCCUUUUUAUUGUUUAAUGACUUUUUUUCCUUUUAACUGCUUGGAAGCACUUUUAUUCCGUUACAGUUUUACGUUGAGGAUGAUGCAAUGAAUGAAAAAGUAUUAAAAAAAUGUUUUUUAAAUCAC